AAAAAACGCCGGAGCGUCGAUUAGAAGACGUAAUCACCCACGUCAUUAACACCGACACGUGUCAGUUGAAGACCCGAAUGCCACACGAUUCAUUGGCUCGUUCGGUGGUAGCCUCCGGUCUCUGAUUCCGUGGCGCUCUUUCUUCUUCUCUUCCCUCUUCUCUCUCUCUAUUCCCCAAACAUUUGGGCAUUGAAGAAUCUCUCUCUCCCUUCCAGAAGAAGAAAAAUAGAAAAAUAGAAAAAGUCUUCUCCUUUAUUUUUUUUUUUAAGAAAUAGCAAACAAAACCUAGCACGACUCCGCCGUCUUUGCUUUUCGUUCAGAUUUGGUGGUUUCAUCUGUUUGAAAUCGGCUUUCAAUUUCUCCGCUUUUCCGAGCUCUUGAUCUCAAGAGUGUGGCUUCUUUGUGAUUUGGUUGUGUUGAAGAGUUAAGGUUAUUGGUGGAGUUAUUUAAGAAAAUCUUCGAGAGUGUGACAGAGAGAUUGACAAAUCUGUCAAUGCCAAUAUGGCUGAAGACACCCUACGGGUUGGUGGUGGUAUGAUGUCUUCUGGUUUAGCCGUUUUACUCAAUGGUGAAGACAACGCCAAGGAGAGUUCAUCUAAAUCUCGCAUCGUUCCACAUUUUGAUUAUUCCGUUCAGCGACCUCUAGAACGGACCAUCGAGUUCGUAUUUGGUCUACCAGAGAAGUCUGUUGGUCCAUUGGACGGCGGCAAAGUGGACAGUAGCUUGGUCCGAGCGGUGAUCAGGAAUCAAUUCUCCAAGGUUCAUUGUGAGUUUGAUGCUUCGGUGAGUCAGAGAGAAGGGAUCUCUGUUGUGAGUCACGGUGUUGUUGGACCUUCCGUUGUUGGCCUCGAAGAGGAUAGCAUAUGCGGUGAGAUCAGGACUGUGAAGCCGCCUCUUGUGUUGGAGAGCUUUGCGCUCUUCAGCUCCGCCAGGGCUAACGCUUGUGUCUGGAAAGGCAGAUGGAUGUAUGAAGUUGCUUUAGAGACCUCUGGGAUUCAACAGCUUGGUUGGGCUAGUAUUGCUUGUCCUUUCACUGACCAGAAAGGUGUGGGUGAUGCUGAUGAUUCGUAUGCUUUUGAUGGUCGAAGGGUGAGCAAAUGGAACAAUGAAUCUGAACCUUAUGGGCAGUCUUGGGUAGCUGGUGACGUCAUCGGUUGCUGCAUAGAUUUGAACUGUGAUGAGAUAUCUUUCUACAGGAAUGGCGUCUCCCUUGGGGUUGCAUUUUCUGGUAUUAGGAAACUUGGACCUGGAUUUGGGUAUUACCCUGCUAUUUCUCUUUCUCAAGGUGAGAGAUGUGAGUUAAAUUUCGGUGCUUACCCGUUCAAAUACCCUGUGGAAGGUUUCCUACCUCUCCAAGAAGCUCCACCUCGAAGUUCUUUUGCAACAGAGCUACUACGCUGCUUCUCAAGAUUGCUGGAUAGGCCGGACCGUUCGUUGGCUGAUACAUUAAGUAGACUUAGGAGGUUUGCCUCCGUUGAAGAACUCUUUUCCCCUGUUUCUCGUGCCAUAUGUGAUGAGUUCUACUACAUGCUUGGGCAAGACCCUUUGUUGCCUGAGUACUUAGGACGGGGUGCAUUUCUCUCAUUCCUCUUAGAGAUUUUUAGAACUCAAGCCCCGCAUGACUGUUCAAGUUUAGACAGAGUUCUUGAUGUGCUUCUUGAGUCCCCACUGUCUCAUUUGAUCUUUGCGCAUGUAAUAAACGCUCUCGCUUUUAGCUGCAAAACAGCAACGCUUACUCUAACCGAGUGUCCAUACUCAGGACCUUAUCCCUAUCUUGCGCUGGCUUGUCAUUUGUUAAGACGGGAAGAAAUGAUGGUACUGUGGUGGAGAUCUUUGCAUUUCGAGUUUCUGUUCGAAGGUUUCUUGUCAUGCCGGAGUUCCAACAAGCACGACUUACAGCAACUAAUGCCUGUUGUUUGGUGGCCUGGAUCCUCUGAAGAUAUAUCCCACGAGAGUAGCAUGGGCUUUACGAUCUCUGCUCUCUCUGAAGCCAUUAACAAGAUCGAGGAGAAGCAGAGAAACCUCUGUCUCUUGGUCAUACAGUUCAUACCACCCAUAUCGCCUCCCCAGCUUCCUGGUUCAGCAUUCAGGGGAUUCCUACAGAACCUCUUAUUAAAGAACAGAGGCGCGGACAGGAAUCUGGCCCCUUCAGGAGUUACACGAAACUCAGUUCUUGUCUCUCUGUUCUCGGUUAUACUCCAUUUUUUGUCAGAAGGUUUUGAGAUGCUGAAGAGUAGUGAAACUGUCCGUCACAAUGUUGGUUUCCUUCACAGAGGUGGUCAGCAGACGUUUCCAUUGAGUUUGUUUCUUAAAAAUGAUCCACACCGAGCUGACAUCACCAGGCUUGGCGGGUUGUUUAGUCAUAUAUCGAAGUCCUACCCUACAGAUGAUCAAGAGGAAGAAAUUAUGCGGUGGGAAGAAGGUUGUAUGGAUGAUGAACACAGUAGAGUAACUCACAGAACCGAGCAGAAGCCAUGCUGUUGCAUAGCCUAUGAUACUGAUCUUACUAAAUCCUUAAAGGACCGAGGAAAGAAUACUGCGAAAAGUACUCGUGGUCAGUGCAGCUCUAUUCCUGAGAGAUCCUCUCAUGUUGCUGCAGAAUGUAGUGGUGGAAGUUUCAGUGAAGAAAUAGAGGACAAGCCUAGCACGAGUAAUCAGUCUGACCCCGACUUUGGUUAUCGUCCAGUAAGAUUUAUGAGGACUUCAAUACAAGAGAGUAGAAUAUCAUCUGCUAUACUAAGCGAAGAGGAACUGUUAGAUUCUCUAUUGCUAUUAUACCAUAUUGCUGUUGCUCCAAAUUUUAAGCAGGCAUCAUACUACAUGUCUCAACAAUCGCAAUCAAUAUCACUUCUUGAAGAAACAGAUAAACAAAUAAGAGAACGAGCUUCUAGUGACCAAUUAAAGCGCUUGAAGGAAGCUCGCAAAAGUUACAAGGAAGAAGUGAUGGAGUGCGUCAGACAUUCUGCAUGGUUUCGCAUCUCAUUGUUCUCUCGGUGGAAGCAAAGGGGAAUGUAUGCGUUGUGUAUGUGGGUUGUUCAGUUACUUCUGAUUCUCAGCAAAAUGGAUUCUGUGUUUGUGUACAUUCCAGAGUUUUACCUUGAAUCUUUGGUAGAUUGUUUCCAUGUGCUUCGCAAGAGUGAUCCUCCGUUUGUUCCAUCAACAACGUUUAUCAAGCAAGGACUAUCAUCAUUUAUAACUUUUGUAGUAACGCACUUCAACGAUUCAAGGAUAUCGAACACAGAUCUUAGAGAUCUACUUCUCCAGUCAAUAUCCGUCUUGGUACAGUACAAAGAGUACAUGGAAGCUUUUGAGAACAACGAGGCAGCUACUCGGCACAUGCCUGCAGCUCUACUGUCAGCGUUUGACAAUAGAUCUUGGAUCCCUGUCACGAAUAUAUUUCUUCGUCUUUGCAAAGGUUCCGGAUUUAGCUCUUUGAAGAACGGGGAGUCUUCCUUUUCAUCAACUGUCUUCCAGGCUCUUCUACGAGAUGCUUGUAUCAAUGACUGUGAAUUACUCUCUACUUUUCUUAACCGGCUAUUCAACACGCUGAGCUGGACCAUCACUGAGUUUUCCGUCUCGGUGCGAGACAUGCAAGAAAAGUAUCAGGUAAUGGAGUUUCAGCAGAGGAAAUGUUGCGUGAUAUUUGAGCUUUCAAGCAAUCUCGCAAGGGUCUUAGAGUUCUGCACUUCUGCAAUACCACAAGCAUUUCUUUCUGGGACGGACACAAAUCUCCGUAGGCUCACUGAGUUGAUUCUUUUCAUCUUGAAUCACAUGACCUCAGCAGUAGAUGACGAGUUCUUUGAUCUGUCACUUAGACGGCAAGGACAACCUUCAGAGAAACUUAGCCGAGGGAUCUUAUUAGCUCCUUUGGUUGGUAUCAUCUUGAAUCUCUUGGAUGCUAGUGAAGAAGAUACAAAACAGAAGCAACAACAUGACGUAGUUGGUCUUUUCGCGAGCAUGGACUGUCCUGAUACAGUCUAUUGCGGGUUUCAAUACCUCUUGGAAUAUGACUGGGACGGUUGUGUAAGCGGUGAUGAUGCGUAUGUGAAGAAACUUGGACAGCUGGCGAGUUUCUUGAACCACCUCGUGAACCGAACUUCGUCACAAGAACCUGCAAGAAUCGAAGAGCUGUUCAACAAAGACGCAACAGAUUUAGAUGACAACACGUGCUGUAUCUGCUACGCGGGUGAUGCUAAUGCGAUGCUUGUUCCGUGUUCACAUCGGUCAUGUUACGGUUGCAUAACUAGACAUCUUCUCAAUUGUCAGAGAUGUUUCUUCUGCAAUGCUACGGUUAUUGAUGUUAUAAGAGAUAACGAAGAAGAAGACAACUGAUGCUGAUCACAGAUGAAGCAUAGGGUAGUUGCAGCAGCAGCAGACAACACAAAAUAAAAGGAUUUUAGGUGGGCAGGAAAGAAAGAAAGAAAGAAAAAUUAUAGUAUAGGAUGAUGAAUAAGACCAGAUAAAAACAAAUGUCUGUGAUAGUUUUGUAUUACCUUUGGUAAUGAUGGUUGCUAGGCUUCUUUCUUCUUUUUUUUUUCUUGUAUAUAUGAGAAUGAAAUGGAAAAAAAAUUAAAAGACGCAAUGUUUUUGAUUGGUUU